AGUAGAAGAAGCCAUGAUUCAAUCUUUGACGUCUUACCAUAUGCGCCACCUGCAAAUCCAGGAUUGACUCCGGUACAAAAUGCCGUAUUCCCCUCCUCACAAUUGCGACAACGGCCAUCGGCGACAUUGAAUGGCAUAACAACCCGGUCUCCUUUCUUGAGCAAUGUGACGCCUUCGCCUAGUUCUUCGACAAUUCCCAUGUUUUCGUGACCUUUUCCCGUUUAGCUUUCUUUUUCGAUCCACGCCGCCAUACAAUGCCUUCAUACCAAAUGUGAUGCCUGGCUCGGCAGACGUCCGACCUUCGUACAUGCUAUAAAAUUGUCAGCUUGUCUCUAUUCUUUUGGCAUUGUAAGACCUCCUCUAUGUACUUACUGAAGAUCUGAGCCACAGAUCGCUGCCUGGAAGCUGUUAGCUGAUUGAUUGUGCAAGGUCGUUUGGUGUAAGUCGAUCACUAACAGUGGUAACCUUGACAAUGAUAUCAUCCGGGUGUUCUAGUCUGGGUCUCUCAAUAUCUUCCACUCUGACCGUGUACGGUCCGACAUAGUUUAAUGCUUUCAUAGUGGACAUGGUGAUUGAUCUCGUUGUACCUAGUCUGAAUUGGUAGUUGGGCUAUAUUCCCAAAGUUUGAAUCCACGAAACUCAGGUGAGGUAUGUUGGCUGUGUUGGGCGCAAAAAUGCACUCAUGGUCACUUUUAUGGAAAAAAAAAAAAAAAACUUCUGAUAUUUCAACGAUUGGACCAGAACCUUAAACGACUAGUCCAUGACCCGGACGUGUCUGUCUUACAGCCAUGUCCUCGUUAUUGCCCCGCAUCAAACCUCUCAUAUACCUUCCUGCCCCCGCAUUGGCACUGCAGUGAUGAACGCUGAGGGGAGGUCCCACGCUGAUGAAGAGGGAAAUGAGCGUGGGUUCAUCGAGAAUGGCUUUCUAUAGUGAGGGGUUCUUGAAGCCUGAUUGUGAUGGAUACUAGAGUGAUGCAAGUGCAGGCGGGUCUGGGAAUGGGGUCUAGGAAUAAAGAUACAAUCACCUCUGAGUAUCUCUAUAGAAAGAUCCCUCUCCUAAACAAGUGAUUUGACUACAGAUUGUGAACUGAGACGGAUAUCAACAUCGAAAGUUAUGUAUUGAAUGAAGUAGCCAGAUUUAUGUAUUGCUGCUUGGUCCAUCAGGCAUAAAAUAAUGCUCAUGGUGGUUUUGGUCAAAGCUGAAUAUUUGAUGUUUGGGCAGGGUGCAUGACGCGAGAUAAGAGCAGUUCAGAUGGUAGGGUAUUUGAUUGUUUUCUUGCUUGAUUGUUUGCUCGAUUGCUCGAUUGCUUGUUUGUUUGUUUGUUUGUUUGUUUGACUGCUUCUGUUUAUUAGCCGGGUAAAUGCCGCUUGUUGAAUUUGCCGAUCAUUUUUAUUUUGGCCGCCCAACCUUUUCAUUCUUUUUGGACAAACUAGACUAGACUUUUCCACUUUCUCUAAUCCACACCAGGCCAAGCGUCAAGACCAAACUUUCA